AUGAAUGUCGAUGGCCAUAGCUUCAGGCUCAACCCCGACAUUACUGCGCGACAUAUCCUGCCCCGGAUAGCCCUACCGCCAUCCCUACCGAUUGGGUCAGCGCCAUAUACUAGGGCAAACGUUACCCACCCGAGACUCCACAUCCGCAAUAUGGCUGACGCGCUGGUCGUGCUCGAGGCCGUCCGUCGCAGGCUACUGCGCCUUAUAACCGUACGCCUAAGCGGGAGCGAACGCGACGAGCUGCAAGCCGGUAAUGUCUUCGUCUGGGAGGAGUCUGAUGAAGACGGGGGUCUGGUGCGGUGGACCGAUGGCCGACGUUGGUCCCAGAGCAGAGUCGUCGGCGAUUCAUUGUUCUACCAGGAGAAGAUCGAGAUGACAGAUGCAGAGAAGGACGCGAAGGCGCUUCGACGAGCACAGAGAGUGGUCAAUCCUAGCCUGAAUCUUGCUCCUCCUCCGCGGAAUAAACGGCCAGGAAAGUCGGACGGCCUCACAAAACAGACGUACAGCUUCCAGGUGGUAAAGCAGCAGGGGCGACGGUCGUGUAAAUGGCAUCUGGUCGCCUACACCCGCCUGCCAGUUCUUGAGGACUACGAUGUAUUCGCGGACAUUCGCGCUCCGGAGGGAGUUUUCUCGAAGAGUAGAACCGCAGAAAUUCCUCCUGACGCGCGAUCUGAACCGCGGACGCCGCCCACGCCAUAUUCAAGCCGCCCGCUCGGCCAUAGGUGGAGCCAACAAAUAAACGGGUACAGACGGGAUGAGCCCGUUGCCGCGCCGCAACUACCCUCGUCGAUCAUUUUCGAUGGGGAGGCAACAGGACAGAUGGAACUUGAAAGCUCGGUAGAGAAUUUGAAUGCAACGCCACGGGCAACAGUGGCGUUAGAACCCCACGCCCAGCCGGUCGAUGUGGUUUCCCAGGAGGGCCGGCGGAUCCUAGAUGCGUUGCGAAUACGGAUAUAG